GUCAGUACCAAUAUGGUUUAUAAUGUGACCGUGCAUCAUAUGUCAAUAUAUUUCACUCUCUUUUUUUUUUUCUUUCUUUAAUUUCUCAAAUGGAAGAACUAAGACAAGAAAACGAACGUCUUCGUCAACGUAUUGCAGAACUUGAAGCAGCUCAAACAUCAAUCCCAGUUGCACUUUCCACUAAAGACAAAACAGAACCCUUUGAGACAGUAGGCGACUUGACAAACAAGGAAAUAUAUCGCUUUGGACGUCAACUUAUUACUUUUGGCUAUGAGUCUCAACUGAAAUUACGCAACAAGUCAUUUUUAGUCGUCGGUGCAGGCGGUUUAGGCUGUCCAGCAACCUUGUAUUUAGGUGCAGCUGGUGUUGGCCGUCUUGGUAUUGUUGAUCAUGAUACAAUUGAUACCAAUAAUCUGCACCGUCAAGUAACGCAUACUGAAGCAAGAAAAGGAGUCAAUAAGGCUGUAUCUGCCGCAAUGGCAGUCAAACAAAACUAUCCCGACAUGGAUGUGAUUCCUUAUGCCUAUUCGCUAGACAGAACAAAUGCACUUGAUCUCAUUAAGCAGUAUGAUAUUAUCGUUGAUGCAACAGAUAAUAUUGCUACAAGAUACCUGUUAAGUGAUGCAUGCGUAUUGGCUGGGAAACCCUGCGUAUCAGGAAGUGCUCUUCGAAAUGAUGGGCAAUUGACCGUCUAUAACUAUAAGGGUAGUCCAUGUUUCCGUUGCCUUCAUCCUGUUCCUCCUCCUGCUUCUACAGUAGGCAAAUGUGUAGACAAUGGUGUCCUUGGCGUAGUACCCGGCGUCAUUGGUAUCUUAGAAGCAUUAGAGGCUAUUAAAGUGGCUUUAGAAAUACCCUGUUUGGAUCAACCUAGUUUUUUGAUCUUCAGUGCUAUGAGUAACCCUAUGUUUAGAACCAUGCGUCUUCGUGGCAAAAAGAAGGAUUGCGCUAUUUGUGGUGAAAAUCCUACACAAGCAGAUCUCAUCGAUUAUGUUCAGUUCUGUCAUGGAGUAGCAGACGAUAAAGUGGUGGAUGAAACCUUACUUUCAAAAGAAGAAAGAGUCCAAGCUAAAGAAUACAAUGAGAUUGUCAAGAGUGGGAAGCCACAUUUGCUUGUGGAUGUCCGACCUGAUGUUCAGUUUGGUAUUUGUAGUCUCCCCGACAGCCUUCAUAUUCCCAUUGAACAAUUGGACAAAAAGAUGAAUCUUGUUAAAGAGGCCAUGGAAGAGAAGAACAUUACAGACAAAGAUGUGUAUGUGGUUUGUAGAUUAGGGAAUGAUUCGCAGAUAGCUGUUCGUAUGAUGCAAAAAGAAGGUAUUCAGCAGCCUCGUGACGUAAUAGGUGGAUUAUUGAGUUGGUCCAAGACGGUUGAUGAUUCUUUUCCUAUUUAUUAAAAAAAAAAACUUAUUUUCGUUUGCCUGCACACAUGCCACCAUAUAAAUCCCAGCCAACAACCAGAACAUAGAGUGCAAACGAAACAAAGCCGAAAAAGAUGGAAGUAUUGUAAAAAUUACACCAGCCACUCAAAUGGCCUGGAGGACAGGUGUACUUAGCAAUUUCUACAAUAAUACCAAUCCCCCACAUCAAUGCCAUAAAUAAAUCACACAUAAUCAAAAUGGGUCGUUUUAACUUGUUUGCUGAUCCAAAUCGUCUGACCAAGUAAAGGACUACAUGAUAACCAGAAUAGAUGAUAGACAAAAUAGCCUAGAGAAUACAUAUAUAAGCAAAACAUGAGUUUUAAGUCAAAAUACAUACCACGGCAAAAAGGAAGUAAAAGCAAGCACUGCUGUCAAAUGGUACAGGUUGUCCAGAAUAGGGAGAAGCGCCGGCUGCAAAAC